AAUCAAAGCUGAAGUCACUGCAAAGCCGCUAUAACGUGAUAGACUUGAUAUAUUCUGCAUUUUACGCUGAAACUUGUGGGGAGAGAUAUUCUUUUGCAAGAUUAAGGUAAAUCGAAGAAACGCCCAAAAUGUAUGUAAGCUUGUUGAUAAUCCUGGGAGCCUACACCAAGCAUGUCUAUGGAUUUUGCUCACGUCCUUACGACUUUAUGUACUGGGAACCACAAACUCUUGUACAAAGAAGUAUUGAYGCUGAUAUUAUUGUUUAUGCAGAGGUCAUUGACAGUCCUUGUAAAAAGCCAGCACCGUUAACAACCACCCCUCCCCCCACCACAACGGCAAUAUUUGACAGGCUAAAUAUCUCACUGAGCUCAAACUCGACCAAUCAAACGUCAGAGUACGUGACGCCAGAGCCUACAACAACGACGCCUGCUCCAACAACGAUACCGCUUAACACUUCGACGCCUAUCGUCCCUGGACACAACUGCAGUACCGAGCCGUAUAAUGUGAGCUUACAGAUWCAUUGCGUGAUCAAGGGAGGUGCKUUACCUGAAUAYAUUAACGUGACAGGGCUCGGUUUGGGKGAUGAUAUAUGCGUGGAUAAAAAUUGGAAUGAGACGGUGCACGAGUACCAUGCGUACCAUGGUCUGAACUACACUUUCUUCUUGAAACGGGAACAUAAUUUCAACCCACAACACGACAGCUUCACUCUCCACCCAGUCAACGUUCAACCAGCAAUGAUGGAAGUUCUGAACGCCAAGAAAGACCUCCUUCCGGUUUUCAAGGUCGCUGGUCGCCAUGCACACGCUGCUAUGGAUGUAUGGGUAAACAAGACUGACCCAAUUUGCAAGCCUUAUAGCGGAGCUUCGCAUUUAACAGCUUUGUCAGUUGCUAUGGCGAUAUUGACGAGUUUGGUUGCCAUGAUAACAAGCUACUAAAUUUGACUGCUCGUGUAUUAUUCACGCAGUCGCAUAAGACUGCAAAGCCAAUGAGAAUCGAGUCAUUACACUUAAAAACGCAAACGCUUUUCCGAAGGUCGUGGGUUCGAAUUCCAGCGAGGUCUGAAAUUAAAUUUUCCGAAUUUAUUACUAAGGGUCUUUCUUCCGGAAUUGCCUCCUUCUAAGCACUAUAACUUUCUUUCAUUUCUGUAUCAUUACACUUAAGCCAUGAAAUAGGGUCUUUGAGCCCGUGAAACAAAACUUGGCUAUGAAAGUGAUAGUCUAAUAGACACAAAAGAAAUAAGCAAAAUUAAAAGACCCUAUCGGCUAAUACGUCGUUGCCAUGCACGUUAACCACCCAAUUCAAAUUCUGUGAGAACAGGAACUUUUGUUUCUAAGAAUUCAACUGUGAAAUGCAAAUACAACGAACAAUGAAACGUACUCCCGGGUGAUUUGAAUUGGGUGGAAACGUUUAUAGCAACGCGUUAGCCUAUUAGGUCUAUUCAUGUAGCUACAAUAGUUACUCACGUCUGCAAAUCCAAUGAGAAUCGAAUGGUUACACGCUUAAGCCGUGAAAUAGUAGUGAGUCAUUAAACCUGUGAAACAAGUCCAUUUGACUAGGGAGUCAUUUUCAUCCGUCUGUGAAAUAGGAAUUGUACUACUAAAUACUAUUACCCCCUAUUAGCUCCCAAUAGCUUAACUUAUGAAAUG